AUGGGUAUAUCCGAUAUGGGAUGGAUAGAUAUCUGCAUGGGGGAAGGAAUUCCUUCCCUGCAGACGAAUUGUUCUCCUUCGCAUCUACAGGCAGUCGUGUCUGAGCUUGAUGUUGUUAUUAGAGAUGUUGAAGGAUUAAAACAACAAGUGCAUGCACUACAGCAUCCAAUUCCUGCAGAUAAUAAAGAUAAUAAUAAAUUAAGAGGAGAAAUAGAGAAAGAAUUGAAUCGUUGUUUGCAUAGAUGCGAACAAUUAAAUAAACAAUGGGAGUUUGAGGUGUCUGUACUCAAGGAAGAUCUUAAAUCUCUUAAACAAGAAGAAUUGAAAGAUCUUCGUGCAAUAGUAUCAGAGAAUAGAUCACGAUUAAGUUGUAUAGAGGCAGAUGUUAGUGUAUUAAGACAAUUAAUACCUAAUCAUGGGGUAUUAAAGAAAAGUUUCCAACAAAGUCAAUCCCUCUUGCUGCAGCUCAAGGAGCAAAUCAGCAGCAGCAGCAGCAGCAGCAGCAGCAGCAGCAACAGCAGCAGCAGCAAUGCUAAUAUUGAAGAUAUUAAUAACCUUCAGAUAACUUCGCAGCAACAUGCAGCUAAAAUUGAUGCCCUAAGAAGAUCGAUGUCUGCUGUGGAGAAUAAAGAAAGAAAAAGAGAAGAAGAAAUUGAAAAAAUUAUUUCUGAAUUUGCUGCCGUAAAAAAAACUAUACAACACUUCGAGCCUACGAUGGAUUCUUCUCCUCAUUUAUUACAAAUUCGCGAAAGUUUGAAUUAUUUAAAUCAACAAAUUAAAGAUGGUCAAAGACAAACAGAAGAACAAAUGGCUAAAAAUAUGGAGAGAGUUAAAUGGGAGUUACAGGCUGUGCAUGCAGAGAUUAAUCAAUUAAAGCAACAAAUGGUGGCACUCGCAGCAAAACAGGUGAGCAGCAGCAGCAGCAGCAGCAGCAGCAGCAACAGCAGCAGCAACAGCAGCCGAAAGAAGGCUUAG